ACGAAUCCCCUGGAAGAAAAGAUAGAUGGAAGAAUGUGGCCGGGUGCAGUGUUGUGGAUUAUCUUCAUUGUACUUCAGUUGUCUAUCCAAAACUCUCUCAUGGUAUCAUGGAAUGUUGAAUGACGAAAUUCGACUUCGACGAAAUACAUGAUUGAAUCUGAGUUUGAAAAUGAUACAAUCAACUCUAGAUUUGCAUGGUUGUUAAUUAGUACCACUGACUCAGUAGUGUAUUUUCGAAGACUAAAUGUCGAUCAAGGGCGCCGGAGGCGGAGGGCGUUAUUAUUACCCGAGAGAGAAUGUGUGGGCGUUUUUGAAAGACAUCAUUGCUACUAGCUAUUUGGUGAUGGAGGAGGGGGUAAAUAUAC